UGAAACCAGAUAAUAGAGGCCUUUUCGUUCUUAUUUUCUCAUGGCCAUAACCUAACACUCGUGGAUGGGAGUAAAGGCUUGAUUCUCAUUUCUGGUUUCCCAUUUCCAGUAACCUCUUGGGACCUAAAGCUGCAGCUGGCAAAGCUGUUAUAUUUUCUAGAGAGCUUCAAAACUGCAUAUUAAGUCCUUGUAUCUAACAAAAGAAUAGCUACCAUUUGCUUUGACCUUUCUUUUUCUUUUUUUUUUUCUUCUAGUACGACUAAACUUUGUCCUAAUUAUUUUACUUUUCCUUAAUUCAUUGAGGUUCAUUUAGUUCUAUAUCAAUCACACUGAUGUUCUCCAUAUAAAUGUAUUCACUGUUCACAUGUUCUUCAUAUAACAUGUAAUUCUUGUAUUUGUUGUAAGUAAUGUAACUUGAAAAAUUGAAAGGCUCAUGCUAUAGUUGCUAAAAGAAAUUUGAUGGAUUCAUUAUCUAUGGUGCCAAUAUGAACAUUGUCACUAAUUGUGUACCACCAAUCUAACAACAUUGGUGGGAUGAGCUUUGAUAUAAGACAGCAAAAAAAAAAAAAAAAGUUUGAAAUUGAUGGCUUAUUGAUCUUUGAUAGCUUAUUUUAUCACUGAAAUUUAAAAAAUGCAGGUGAAGAAGAUAAGAAUGUAGAGAUAAAAAUGAGGACAUUUGGCACUGAACAUCAAAAGAAGGCUGUUUUUCUGGUGGUGAAUGCUUGUUCUAGCAAAGAUUACAUGAACAAUAUAGUUGGAGUGUGCUUUGUCGGUCAGGAUAUUACUGGUCAAAAAGUGGUAAUGGACAAAUUCAUCCAUAUCCAAAGUGAUUAUAGGGCUAUUGUUCAUAGUCCAAAUCCUUUGAUCCCUCCAAUAUUUGCUUCAGAUGAAAACGCAUGCUGCUUGGAGUGGAACACUGCAAUGGAAAAGCUCACAGGGUGGAACCGAGGGGAAGUUAUUGAGAAGAUGUUGGUUGGGGAGGUUUUUGACAGUUGCUGUCAGCUCGAGGGUCCAGAUGCAUUGACAAAAUUCAUGAUUGUCCUGCACAAUGCAAUUGGAGGACAGUACACAGACAAGUUUCCAUUUUCCUUCUUUGACCGGAAUGGAAAAUUUGUGCAAGCUCUUUUGACAGCAAACAAAAGGAUAAAUAUGGGUGGCCAGAUUAUUGGAGACUUCUGCUUCUUGCAGAUUGUGAGUCCUGAGUUGCAGCAAGCUUUAAAUUUCCAGAGGCAACAGGAAAAGAAAUGCUUUGCAAGGAUGAAAGAGCUGGCUUACAUUUACCAGGAAAUAAAGAAUCCUCUUAGUGGUAUACGGUUUACAAACUUGCUGUUGGAGGCUACAGACUUGACCGAAGAUCAAAAGCAGUUUCUUGAAACAAAUGCUGCUUGUGAGAAGCAGAUGAUGAAGAUCAUUCGAGAUGUUGAUCUGGAAAGUAUUGAAGAUGGUUCACUGGAGCUUGAGAAGGCUGAAUUCUUACUUGGGAGUGUCAAAGAUGCUGUAGUUAGCCAAGUAUUGUUAUUGCUGAGGGAAAGAAAUCUACAAUUGAUUCGUGAUAUUCCAGAGGAAAUAAAAUCUCUGGCUGUAUAUGGCGAUCAGGUAAGAAUUCAACAGGUGGUGGCUGAUUUCUUGUUGAAUAUGGUACUUUGUGCACCAUCUUCAGAAGGCUGGGUAGAGAUUCAUGUUUAUCCAACACUGAAGCAAAUCUCUAACGGACUUACUGUUGUGCAUACAGAAUUCAGGAUGGUUUGCGCUGGUGAAGGUCUUGCUCCAGAAUUAGUUCAAGACAUGUUCCACAACAGUCACUGGACAACUGAAGAAGGCCUAGGGCUCAGCAUGUGCAGGAUGAUUUUGAAGCUUGUGCAAGGUGAAGUCCAAUACAUCAGGGAGUCAGAAAGAUGCUAUUUCUUAGUUAUCCUUGAUCUUCCCUUGCCUCGGAGAGGUGCGAAAAGUGUUCACUAGCAUGUGUAGCCCUGAAGGUUUGCUGAAGAGCUUUCACAAUUUUGACUCUGAUAUUGGUGAUGCAAGUCAUGAGGACCAUUUUCAAAUCCUAGUUACGAGGUUUAAGUUUGUACCAUGGCGCCUAUUUUGGCUAAUCUUUAGGUAAUACAACUGUUUCAUUCCAUCUCUUUCAAGCAUGCUUGAUACUUUGUUCAUUGACACUAGCCUGUGCUGGGUAGCUGAUAAAUGUUGCCUUGGAGUGCAAUGAUCUCAUUGAUAUGGUUAUCCAAUGUCUAAAUGGGGUAGUGGUCUGUCAUGUAAUUAGGAAAUAAUGCAUGGACCUCAGUACGAUUUUUGUGGAGGCUUGCAUGAUAAAGAGUCAAGCACAUGGACUAAUUUGCUGCUCUCUCCUGCUGCUAAGUAAAUAUUUAUAUUAUAUUUUCUCAAGUUCCCAAGGUUAAAAAAACAAAUAGUCAGGCUACCUCUACUCUUCCUCCAGGUUUAGUGUUCUAAUAUUUUUCAUUUUCUUCUGUGUAAUUAAUAAAGUGAAAU